AUGAGGAUGGAUGGUUGGGCGUUUAAUCCUCUGUCAAGCAGUGGUCGGACUGACUUCUCUUCCUCUGUGCCCACCACUAUUCUCCAACCUUGCAAUCGGAUGAGCUGGGCUCUCAUCAACCAAUGCCAAGAGGACACCUCACAUAUAAUAGGCAGAGCAAAGACAAAAGAAGACGAGAAUAGCAACGCCUGUAUUGUGAGCUUGGUGGAGAAGAAGAACAUGGAGGAUGCUACAGAAUCACCGGCUAUACACCCAGCAAUAGCACCACUCUCAUACCUGCUGGGUACAUGGAGAGGCCGAGGGGAAGGUGGGUUUCCCACCAUCAACUCCUUCUCGUACGUUGAACAACUCCAUUUCUCUCACUCUGGCAAGCCCUUCAUAGCUUACACUCAGAAGACCUGGAAAUUGAACUCUGGGGAGCCUAUGCACGCUGAGAGUGGCUUUUGGAGACCCAAACCAGAUGGUACUAUUGAAGUUGUCAUUUCCCAAAGCACUGGCCUUGUUGAAGUUCAGAAAGGGACAUACAGUGCAGAAGAGAAAGUAAUAAAGCUUCAAAGUGAGCUUGUCGGCAAUGCUUCUAAGGUGAGAGAGAUAACCAGAGUUUUUAAGUUGGUAGAUGAAGAACUGUUUUAUGAGGUUCAGAUGGCUACAAAUCUCACAAGUCUUCAACCACAUCUGAAAGCUUCUCUCCAAAGAAUCUGA